GCGUGCCGGCGGGGGCGGGCGGCGCUGCGGACUCGCCGGGGCUGGCGCCGCUGAGGGACACCCGCAGCCUGCCACCCGUCCUUCGGCGACUGAGAGGCCAGCCUCGCCUUCCUGCAGCGGCUCUCGGCGCCCCGGCGGUGCCCCCGGGGAGCUACCAUGGACAGGACCGCCGUGGCGAAGAUGGGAGCCGUGGCCAGCGCCAGCGUGUGCGCUCUGGUCGGCGGCGUGGUGCUGGCCCAGUACAUCUUCACCAUGAAGAAGAAGACGGCCUGUAUGCAAGCCCUGCAUCUCUGGACUCUGCUUGCCACCUAUGCUGUUGCAGUAGGACAAAAUCAAGGACAGAAGAAUCAGGAGUGCCCUAAGCUCAACGCACAGAUGCCAGAAUUUCAGAAGAAGACUGUCCACAUUAAGGACCCAGGGAGAGUAGAGGAGAUUAUUUGUGGCCUCAUCAAAGGUGGAGCUGCCAAACUUCAGAUUAUUACAGAUUUUGAUAUGACAUUAAGUAGAUUUUCCUACAAUGGAAAAAGAUGUCCAACUUGUCAUAACAUCAUUGAUAACUCUAAGCUCAUCACAGAGGAAUGUCGGCAAAAGUUAUUGCAGCUGAAAGAAACUUACUAUGCUAUUGAAAUUGAUCCAGCUCUCACUAUUGAAGAGAAAUACCCUUACAUGGUAGAAUGGUACAAUAAGUCUCAUGCACUACUGAUUGAGCAAGGCCUACAAAAGGAUAAGUUUGCAGAAAUUGUGAGGGAAUCUGAUGUGAUGCUGAAAGAAGGAUAUGAGAACUUCUUUGAUAAGCUGAGUGAACAUAAUAUUCCUGUGUUCAUCUUUUCUGCUGGAAUUGGAGACAUUCUGGAGGAAGUUAUCCACCAGGCUGGAGUCUACCAUUCCAACGUCAAAGUGGUUUCCAAUUUCAUGGAGUUUGAUGAAAAUGGAGUACUAAAAGGAUUUAAAGGAGAAUUGAUUCAUGUUUACAACAAGCAUGAUGGUGCCUUGAAGAACACAGAGUACUUCAAACAACUGAAAGACAACAGUAACAUCAUCCUGCUGGGUGACUCCCAAGGAGACCUGAGCAUGGCAGAUGGAGUAGCAAACGUUGAGCACAUUCUGAAGAUUGGCUAUCUCAAUGACAAGGUGGAUGAGCUUUUGGAGAAGUACAUGGACUCUUACGACAUCGUCUUGGUGAAAGACGAAUCCCUGGAAGUAGCCAACUCCAUCCUACAGAAGAUCCUGUAGCUGGCAGUCUCGAGUCACUCCAUUCCUUCCAGGAGGCAACUGGACAGAAGGGCAGACGUUUGCUGGCUUAGAUGUCCUCAUCACCCACUGUCAGAACUGGUUCAUUUAAAGUUCUUACCUUCGUCCUGGUGUUUUCAGACCCAUGCAGGAUCCAGUGUCAGCUAGAAGCUCCUUUCAGUGCUCUGAUGCUCCUCUUUACUGUCUCACACUCCUGUUGUAACUAGGUUUAAAUCAGAUUGCCCAAUGUGAGAACUGCUGCUACUAGGAUACUGUGGUUCACUCUCUGGUAAUCAGACAUUUCAGAGGAGCAGCUCCAAACCUGUGGCUGGUUUGUAACCCAGAAGAUGUGAAGGUUCUGUGAAUAAGCAGCAUGCACCUUUGUGUUGCCUUUUCUUCUGUCGAAGAAGAUACUUCAGUCUCAGCUGGACUCUGAAGGAUCUUACUCAUCUGCUACAGACUUGCAGGGAAGAUUUUCAUACAUCUGUUUUGGUUCAGUAAAAAUGCUUUCUUCACCCA